CACAAACGGUCACAUUCGUUCAACUUGAGCGAACGUUAAAUUUCAAUCGAGCGCGACAUAAGUUAUCUUACUUGCUAUCUAGUGUUAGACGUGCGGCUAGAGCAAAGCGACUCACCUGCUGGUCUAGUGAUUACAGAAAAGUGCAUCAUAUUGGUUUUCGGAAAAUUAAAAUUUAAUAAAUCUUUUAAAAAAAAUUUAAACAAACUAACAAAAUUCAUAUUUCAAUUUUUGUUUUGAUUUUGGCAUUUUUAAAUGUUUAGAAAUCAAUAACAACUACUAAGUGUCAAUAUAAAUUAAUAACAACUACUAAGUGUCAUGAUAAUAAUAGUUAAGCCAAAAUUUUUAUUUCGUUGAGUUUAACAUUUUUUUUAUUUUGCUUGCUUUGAAAGUAAUAAAAUGAUAAGUUAGAUGUUACACAUAAAUUUCAACAAUCAGUGGCACUACAUUCUUUCCAGUUAGACUAAUUGACGACAAUGUUAAGUGUCAAUUAAUUUUCACCUCGCGCGCAUAGUAAAUAUUUAAAUCAUUGAAAUUACGUCAUUUUUUAUUUUCAAACUGAAAACAAGAACAGCGCACAACUACAUACAAACAGUUAAAUUAAGUAUGUAGAACAAAAAAUGUUUAUUUUGUCAAAUCGUUAACAACCAAAAUUUAUUCGUUUGUAUAAAUAUUAGUACUCGCAUUUGUGUACCUGCAUAUUCCGCAAGUGGUCAUUAAAAUAUAAAACUCGUUUGACCGCAUAUUUUUGUACAUGUGCCUAACUGCCAUCACGCCAACUUACGCCAAAACAACAGCUGAUGUGCAAUAAUAUUUGAUUUGUUUAUUUAUCAAUUUUUUGUGAUAAAGAAAUGAAAAGUAUUUUCCCGUAAAAAGUAUUCUAAAAUGCAAAUAUUUUAAAAAGUGCUUUCAUAAAAGUGUAAAAAAAUAGUGCUAUAUAAUAUAAAAACAUCAAUAUGGGCAAUAAAUUAUCGAAUUGUGCCUUUUAUGAGCAUUUUCAACAUGGCAGCUGGAGUCCCGCGCAACGCGGCAAAGAACCGGCGGCGUCAGUGCGUAUGAUGAACGUGAAUGUCAAUGCAGGUGUCAUCUCAAAAUUGACAUACGACAAAAUCGACGCCGCUGAAGCUGAUGCAAUACUCACCGUUCAGAGUGCUGAUCUCUGUCUAACGGAAAACAAUGACGAACACAAAACAGAUCAUUUUUUCGCCGCCAAAGAGGCGUUAAUUGUGCGACGCGGUGAUCCAUUUCGAUUGCGCAUUCAUUUCAAUCGCUCAUACAAUCCCACACGUGAUGCAAUCAGCUUUAUAUUUACCGUAGCUGAUGAAAAUAAACCCAGUCCUGGACAUGGUACGUUGGUGGGUCUAGUGCCACGUGAUGGCAUAGACAAUCUGGGCGAUCCACUGGAGUGGGCUGCUGGCAUUGAGUCGCAUGAGGACAAAGUACUAACGGUGCUUAUUAAACCGGCCGUCACAUGUCCGGUCACCGAAUGGAAAUUAGAUAUUGAUACGAAAUUACUUAGCGAUGGCUCAAAAACCUUUUCCAUACCCGUGCCAAUUUACAUACUCUUCAAUCCAUGGUGUCCGGAUGAUCAAGUCUAUUUGCCGGAUCAUGAUCAACGUAAGGAAUAUAUUAUGCACGAUACGACGCUCAUUUGGCGUGGCUCAUAUAAUCGCAUGCGACCUUCUGUAUGGAAAUUGGGACAAUUCGAGCGACAUGUAUUGGAAUGCUCAAUAAAAUUGAUUGGUACCGUCGGACGCAUACCAGCCGCCUAUCGUGGUGAUCCAGUGCGUGUAGCACGCGCGCUAUCGGCCGCUGUCAAUUCGGUGGAUGAUGAUGGUGUUAUACUUGGAAAUUGGAGCGAAGAUUUCUCUGGUGGUACUGCACCUACGAAAUGGGUUGGUUCCACCGAGAUUUUGCAACAAUUCUAUAAAACACAAAAACCGGUGAAAUUUGGACAGUGUUGGAAUUUCUCCGGUGUACUAACAACCAUUGCGCGCACGCUGGGUAUACCAUCACGCAUAGUCACAUGCUAUUCGGCGGCACACGAUACGCAGGGUUCGCUAACGUUGGACAUUUUCAUUGAUCAAAACAAUAAGAAAUUGGAUGCGGAAACAACCGACUCCAUAUGGAAUUAUCACGUUUGGAAUGAGGUUUGGAUGCAACGUCCAGACUUAGGUAUUGGCCCCUAUGGCGCGUAUGGCGGUUGGCAGGCAGUGGAUGCCACGCCGCAAGAGCCCUCCGACAGUAUGUAUCGUGUUGGGCCGGCAUCGGUGGUGGCAGUUAAAAAUGGCGAAAUUUUGCGACCAUUCGAUUGUGGCUUCGUUUAUUCAGAAGUGAAUGCCGACAAGGUGUACUGGCGUUAUAACGGACCUUACCAACCAAUUAAGUUAUUGCGUAAGGACACACUGGCGAUUGGGCAUUUGAUUAGCACAAAAGCGGUGCUCAAAUGGGAACGCGAAGAUAUCACAGACACAUACAAAUAUGAAGAGAAGACUGAUGAGGAACGCAACAUCAUGUUGAAGGCAUUGAAGCAAUCGGGUCACGCAUUUAGUCGUUAUUACUUAAACGACAGUUUCAACGAUGUCGAAUUCGAUAUGUCGCUAAAGGAUGACAUAAAAAUCGGCGAGAAUUUUACGGUUAUUGUUAAAAUUACCAAUAAGUCCAAAGAUAACAUACACGUGGCGAGCGGUCAGCUAAACUGCGAUGCCGUGUUGUACACGGGCACCAAUGCGGAAGAAGUGAAAUCCAUGCCAUUCGAGCUCGAAUUGAAGCCAGAAAUGUCUGAAUUCGUGCGCAUGGAAGUGCAAUUCGAUGAAUACUUUAAAAAAUUGACAUCACAAGCUGCUUUUAAUAUAUCCUGUGCUGCUAAGGUAAAGGGCACAGAUUACGAAUACUACGCACAGGAUGAUUUCCGCGUACGCAAACCGGAUAUUAAAUUCACAUUCCAAGGUAAAAUCGUAUCACAGCUACCCGUCGAUGUGAUCGUACGCUUAACAAAUCCGCUUCCGAUACCUCUUAAGAAGGGUAUGUUCUACAUUGAGGGACCUGGUAUUGAGAAAGCGCUGCGGUUUAAGAUAGCAGAGAUCCCCGUGGGUGGUACAGCUGCUUCCACUUUCAAAUAUGUCCCACCAUAUGCAGGACGCGGCACCUUGUUGGCAAAAUUCAAUUGUAAGGAACUAGAUGAUGUUGACGGUUAUACGCAUUACGAAAUUGAGCCGAGGCCCGAAGAUAUUAUCAGCAACGGCACACAUCGAUCGCAUAAUAUUAUACGACGCAGAACCGAUGUCAUAGCGUAAGAAGCAAUACCGUUUGAGUAAAAAAAAUCUCAACAAAAAAUUAUUAAUACAUACAUAUGUAUGUAUGUACAUACAUAAUGCUUACGCAUAUAUGUUAUUAUGUGAAUGCGUAGAUGGCAAUAAGAAGAAGGCGGAUAUUUUUUGCAUUAGAAUUACCAAUAAACUAUUUUUAACUAAA